CACGCCCACUAUGACGCACCUGGCCAGGAGAAGGAAGCUGGUGUUCGACGAUUCACUUAAUUAAAGCCGAACUUUGGACUUAAAUGAACACUCUGGCCUGGACUUAAUCGCCUCUACGAGAUAAUGACCAGAGAACCUCUCGCCAUCCUUGUUUUAUUGCUUUUUUGCACUCCUGGAAUUGACAACACAGAUAUUACUGAUGGGCUUUCCAACUAUUCCAUUGUGCAGCCUCAGCUGCUUCCUGUACAGAAAUCUGAUGGUGAUGAGGAAAUUUCAUAUGCGCUCAAAAUCGACAACAAACAGUACAUCCUUCAUCUAAAGAGGAACCGAGACUUUUUACAUCCUGAUUUGUUUGUGGCUGACGCCCGUACAGCGACACAUCCCAAACAUGUGAGUUGUUAUUUUCAUGGACGAGUGGAAGGCUACGAGGAUUCAAUGGUCGCACUCAGCACAUGCUACGGACUGAGGGGUGUGAUACUUUUUGCAAACGAGAGCUAUGGACUUGAGCCUCUUCCUCAGUCUGCUGAACGUGAGCACCUUCUGUACCGUCUAGCUGACUUUCACACGGGUCCUGCUUCCUGCGGAGUCCUCCACGAGGAAACGGAGACGCAAAGCCAUGAUUGGUUUGAGGCUGGGAACUACAUGGCUGCUCUGAUGCGGAAAAAACGCAAUCUUCCUCAGACCAGAUAUGUGGAGCUGGUGCUGGUAGUGGACAACCUCAGGUAUCAGUUCAGGCAACAAAACGAGACGGCAAUACGAGAGGAGAUGGUGGAAAUGGCCAACCUACUCGACGGGUAUUACAAGCAACUCAACAUCCGCAUCGCCCUGGUGGGAUUGGAGAUUUUUAGAGACGCCAACCCUUUCCCGGUGGAGGGCUCUGCGGGCGACGUGCUGCGUAGCUUCGUCCGAUGGAGGCGGUCGGAACUGUGGCCAAGGAAACGCCACGACAUGGCUCAGCUUCUGGUUGGUCGACCCGGUUCAUUCCCUGGUAAUGUGCUGGGGAUGGCUUUCGUUGGGUCGGUGUGCUCCACUACCAGCGCUGGAGGAAUCACUGUGUUUGGUAACAACCGGCUGCUCUUCGCCUCCACUGUCGUGGCCCACGAGAUGGGUCACAACCUGGGCAUGAAUCACGACAACACCCGCUGUGACUGUGAUGGACAACCGUGCAUCAUGGCCGCCAGCGCCAGUGGUUCCACAAGUUUCAGCCGCUGCAGCGCAAACGAUUUUGAGGCGCUCGUCCUCAGCGGGAGAGGGGCGUGUCUGACAAACCAGCCCUCGCUCACGGAUGUGGUUGACAACGCAGAGUGUGGCAAUGGCAUGUUGGAAGAGGGCGAGGAAUGUGACUGUGGAACACCUGAGGAAUGUCGGAAUGACUGCUGUAACGCUGCCACUUGCCAACUGAGUCCCGGGUCCGCCUGUGCUCAAGGGGAAUGCUGCAACAACUGUCAGCUCAGAGUGUCGGGGACGCCGUGCAGGGAGGUGGUCAACUCCUGUGAUCUUCCAGAAUUCUGCAAUGGCACCAGCGCCUUCUGUCCCGAUGACUACUACAUGAUGGACGGCCUGCCCUGUGAGAACAAUGCCGCGUACUGCUACGAGGGCCGCUGUCAGACAUACGACUCGCAGUGUAAACGCCUCUUUGCACCUGAUCCGGCAACAAAGGCGGCAGACACUUGUUUCCAGCAUCUCAACACAAAAGGGAACCUAUUUGGGAACUGUGGGAUCACCAGCAGUGGAGAUUAUAUCAAAUGUGCUGUGGCGGACGCCAUGUGCGGGAAGGUGCAGUGCACUAACGUGGACGUCAACCACCCUCCUCCCGACGCUCACGUCAGCAUCCAAGUGAUAAACGGGUCUACUUGCGUUAACGCCGACUUCAAUUUGGGUCCGGACGUGCUGGACCCGGCCUACGUCAAUUCAGGGAGUCCUUGUGCUGAAGGCAAAACCUGUGUUGAUUUUAAGUGCGUGCCCGCCUCGGCUCUGCUGCCCGACCUGGACUGCGACGCCCAGCGCGACUGCAACGGCCGCGGGGUUUGUAACGACCAAGGGAACUGCCACUGUGAGGACGGCUGGAGCCCACCAAACUGCAACCGGGCGGGGACAGGCGGCAGCAUCAACAGCGGUCCUAAUAAAAUGGACUUCUCCCUCAGAAACGGCCUGUUGAUCUUCUUCCUGGCCGUCGUCCCUCUGCUGGUUCUUGUCGUUCUCCUGCUGCUCUUCCUCUUCAGGAGGGAAACGUUCAACCCCUGCAUGAAACCAUCCCGGCGUUCCAGGUCCAGUCGUAGCAGCAAUGCUAAUGGACGUUCAAACGGUAAUAUGGAGACACACGCCACAACUCGUAUUCCCAGGGACGUUCCUCCUCAGAGGCUUGACUACCCCCCGAUGUCCUCAGCUCCAAACCCCGGGUAUGGAGAAGUUGAUUACUGGAACACAAACUCCGCCUCUGCGCACGGGCAGGCACCCAGGCAGGGCCCCGGGGUCCCUAGACCAAUUCCCUCCCGGCAAUCACCAAAAUAAUAACUACUUUUAUACAAAAAUAACUUUCUCUUGGAUUUGCAGUGUUUGUCGAGCGGAUGAGAGACUUUGGGAUAAGAAUGGAUUUAAAGUCACUAUAUAACAUGGUGUAAUAUCAUAAAUAUUUAUUGGGAUCGAUGUUAUUAAAUUCUUCAUGAAUGAAACUGUAAAUGUGAUAUUGUAUUUAAAAAUAAUGUUAUAUUUUCCUAACUAUUUUAUUGAUUUUUGUGGAUUAAAAAAAAGAGAUGAGAACUGUGACAAAAGAUUGAGCUGACAUUUUCAAUUAAAGUUUUGGAGCUGU